CACGCACGAGGAGGACGCACCGAGGACGCGCGCACGACGUGCGUAACGGAUCCUCCCGAUCGCGUCCUUCUUCUUCUUCUUCAUCAUCUUCCUCUUCCUCCUCUUCAUCGAUCUCAAUCCAGACCAAAAGGGAGAAAAAAACCCAAUGAAGGAGAGACGCGCGUGCACGAGAGCCGCCAUGGAUCCCGCGCAGAGCGUGAAGUGUAAGAUCGUGGUGGUGGGCGACAGCCAGUGCGGGAAGACGGCGCUGCUGCACGUGUUCGCCAAGGACUGCUUCCCCGAGAGCUACGUCCCCACGGUGUUCGAGAACUACACGGCCAGCUUCGAGAUCGACACGCAGCGCAUCGAGCUCAGCCUGUGGGACACGUCAGGGUCGCCGUACUACGACAACGUGCGGCCGCUCUCCUACCCCGACUCGGACGCCGUGCUCGUCUGCUUCGACAUCAGCCGCCCGGAGACCCUGGACAGCGUGCUGAAGAAGUGGAAAGGAGAGAUCCAGGAGUUCUGUCCCAACACCAAGAUGCUGCUGGUGGGCUGCAAGUCGGACCUGAGGACCGACCUGAGCACCCUGGUGGAGCUGUCCUCCCACCGCCAGACGCCCGUCUCCUACGACCAGGGCUCCAGCAUGGCCAAGCAGAUCUCGGCGCCGUACAUUGAGUGCUCGGCGCAGCAGUCGGAGAACAGCGUGCGGGACAUCUUCCACGUGGCCACGCUGGCCUGCAUCAACAAGGGCGGCAAGGCCGUCAAGCGCGGCAAGGCGGCGGCACGCGCCGGCAAGCAGCGCAUCUCGCACAUGCCGGGCCGGCCCGACCUGGCCGCCGUGGCGUCGGACCUGCGCAAGGACAAAGCCAAGAGCUGCUCGGUCAUGUGACCGGCGGGGAAUCUCGCCCCGGGACGCCAAAGAACCUCCGUCGGUUUACUGGAAUUACUCCGAGAAAACUGGAAGCCUGGAGGCGGUGGCGGUGAUGUCCGCGACAGGAAGUGACACGUCGGUGGCUUCCUGUGGGAAGAGUGAUGUCAGUGGGAUUCGCUCGUUUAAAAAAAAAAAAAAAUCCUCUGGAUGGGAGCCAAAAAAACCCAAGCUGGGAGGAUGAAAGCAAGUGAUUUGCAGACGAAGCUUCAUAAACCACUGUUUCUAUUGUCUGAAGCCACUAGAUGGCACUCUUAGUUCUAAGGACUGGCAAUGAAGUGAGCUCUAAAAUAUUUCUGGGACGGAUAGCACCAUCUAGAGUCUUCAGAAUGUAUAGACAGUGUUUCAUGAAGUUUCAUGAAUCUUCAUGAACCACUGUCUUUAUUUUCUGAAGCCACUAGAUAGCGUACUUGAUUCUAAGGGCUGGCAAUGAAGUGAGCUCUUAAGUAUUUCUUGAACGGAUAGCACCUUCUAGUGGAUUCCGAAAAUUAAAACAGUGAUUCAUGAAGCUUCAGGAAAGUUCAUGAACCACUAACUUAACUUUAUGAAGCCACUAGAUGGCACGCUUGGUUGUAAGGACUGGCUUCGUUUAAGUGUCUGGUUUUUUUUUAUGUAAUGUUUGUUCAGUGUUUAAGUGAGCUCUCAAAAAUUUCUUUAACAGAUGGCACCAUCUAGUGGCUUCAGAAAAUAAAGACAGUGGUUAGUGAAGCUUCAUGAACCACUGUCUUCAUUUUCUGAAGCCAAGAUGGCACUCUUGGUUUGAAAAUAGAGGCUGGAGAACUGGCAAUGAAGUGUACUCUCUAACAUCUUGAACAUAUAGUGCCAUCUAGUGGCUUUUAAAAAAUGAAGACAGCGGUUCAUGAAGCUUCAUGAAUCUUCAUGAACCACUCUAUUUUCUGAAGCCACUAGGUGACACUCUUGCUUCGAAAAUGGAGGCUGGAGGACUAACAAUAAUGAAAGUGGUUGAAAAUAAAGACAGUGGUUCAUGAAGCUUCAUUAAGCUUCAUGAACCACUGUCGUUAUUUUCUGAAGCCACUAGAUGGCACACUUGGUUUUACGGACUAAAAAUCAAGUGUGCUCUCCAACAUUUCUUGAAUAGAUAGCACCAUCUUGUGGCUUCAGAAUAUAAAGAUAGUGGUUUACGAAGCUUCAUCUGCACAUCUCUGUUGAAAGCUGCUCACUGUGGUCAGGAGCCGGGUCGUCUCGGCGCCAUCGUGUGGUCGGUAUAAUGUGAAGUCAUUGCUGUGUCGGUGCGUCUGUUUGUUUGUUUGUUUUUUCCAUUGUCCCGAUGAGACUGGAUACGGAAACUGAACUAUCAUGCACUUUUUAAGGUCUCCGCCUUCCGGUUCCACCCAACCCCCACCCCGUGUGCGCCGCCAUGUUUUUUCUUGAAUGUCACCUUCAAAAUGUCUUUGCCACAAUAUUUAUUGAAUUCUAUAUUUUCCCUUUAGAAUAAACGGACUUGAAGAGA